CGUGUUUUGCGUCUCACUGUGCGCCUCAGUAAAAUGGCUGUGUCUCGCGGAGCCUCGUGCUGGUUUGAUCGGUUUCUCGUUCAUACUCUCGUUCUGUAAGAGAAACCCCCUCACAUUUUGUGUCGGUUAAUUUCAUUCCCGGGAUUUGUAUUUAUUUUGUUCCAGGAACUUUUUUAUUUGAAUUGGAAUCGGGAGUGGAGGCCGGAUUCGGUCCGGAGGUAGGGGGAAUGAUCCGGGACACGGGUACAUUGUUAUAAAUAAUUGUAUUUAUUCAAUGCUAUUCAGAGAGGCAUAGUGACUGACUCGCUGUGAAAGAGAGUGGGGAGAGAGGGAUAUCAUGGCCGCUCAGGUCGCUAGCGUCGCCACUCUCAACUCUAGCCCGCCAUCCGAACUUAAAAAGCCGGAUCGGGAUCCACAGGAAGAGUCGGGCGCGGGUGAGAAGCAGGAAAAUAAAGAGUCGGGACCAGACAGCGGAUCUCCAGCGCAGAAAGAACUGCAGGACGGGGCCGACGGUGGAAAUGUAGGAGGAGGAGGGGAUCGUGACAUGAAGAACGGGAACGGGAAUUCGUCUAGGGUGAACAAUAAUAAUAACCAGAAUGAUUCUGGGGGCGCUGAAGGUAAUAACCACCCGGGAAUGGCUCACCACCACCCGGGUACCUUUCCUCCACCUCCUUACGGUUAUAACCAGCCCUAUAACCGGGCCCCUUUUCAUCAACAUGGCGGACAACAAAGCCCUGGCAUGGCAGCUGCAGCGGGGCCGGCAGUGCAGCCAGGCAGCAUGAUGGACCCAUACCCGCCCAAUUCGCACGACCACGGCUUCCCCAACCACUUCAACAACUACAGUCCAUACCCAAAUCGGACUCCAUAUCAGGGCCAAGGCUACGGCUUGAGUUCCCCGCGUAACAACCAGCCUCCGACAGCUGGGGGGCAACCAGGCAAGCAACAGCCAACUGGAGGAACUACACCUAUGGUAGCCUCCUACAAUAAUCAGAGAUAUAACAUGGGAAACCCUCAACCAACUUCAACACCGACUCUUAACCAGCUUCUAACCUCUCCCAGCUCUGCAAGGAGCUACCAAAACUAUCCCCCAAGUGAAUACAACAAUCCAGAAGGGGCUAGCAAGGGACCAGUAGACAUGGGAAGCAGUAGUCAGUAUGGUGGGGGCCAUCCGGCUUGGCAACAAAGAAGCCACCAUCCAUCUCCAAUGAGCCCGGGAAACUCGGGACAACCACUUAGCAGGAACCAGCCUCCAAGCCCGAUGGACCAGGUGGGGAAGAUCCGGGGACAGCACUACAGCACGGCCAACCCUUACUCCCAGGGGCAGGGGCCUCCUACUCUGCCCCCGCAGGGCACUUCCUACCCUGCCCAGGGCUACGGGCCUCCAGGCGCUCAGAGGUACCCGCUGGGCAUGCAGGGCCGCACGCCUGCGGGCAUGAGCUCCAUGCAGUACGGCCAGCAGAUGGGAGGAUACGGCCAGCACGGACCACACGGUCCUGGGCCCUACAGCCACCAGGGCCAGGCUGGCUACUACGGGCAGCAGGGCCCCCCUCCACAUGCUUCCCAGCAGCAGUCUCCGUACCCCCAGGCCGGCCACAGCUCAGGCCCCCCUGGCCAGCCCCCUUACACGCAGCAACAGCAGCAGCAGCAGCAGCAGCAGCCCCCAGCCGCUCACGGCCCACAGGGGCCCCCUUACUCCCAGGGCCAGGGCCCCAUGCAGGGCCCUCCCCAAGGCCCUCCCCAGGGCCAGCCACCCUACCCACACCCUCAUCCCCACUCGCAGCCCCAGCAGGACCGGGCGGGCCAGCCGCCGUUCGGCCAGUCACAGCCCCAGCAGCCUGGGGCCCAACCUCCGCAGGGGCCUCAGUCACAGCAGCCCAGCUUCCCACAGCAGCAGCAGCCCGGCCCUGGCCAGCCCCCUCAGCAACAGCAACAGCAGCAU